AUGGUGCGCGGCGCCCUCGCACUGGCCCUCUUGGCCGCAGGCACCGCCGCGCCGUGCUUCUUCGAAGUGCUCAUCGACGGCGCGUGCAUCGUGUCGCGCUUCGACGCCGUCGACGGCGCCGACGUCGACGCGGCGGCGAAGGGCCUCGCGGCCCUGCUGCCGCUAGACGCGCUCGCCGGCGGCGGCUGCGGCGGCGACGCGGCCUGCGCGCAGCGCGCCGUGCGCGCGGGCUUCGAGGGCGCGCGCGACGCGUGCCUCGCGCGCGGCGUCGGGAGCCCGUGCCUCGACGUCGUCGACGCUUCCGGCGCGCGCGGCGCCGUCGCGCUCUGCGUCUUCGACGCCGGCGCCGACGUCGCGCCGGCCGAGGCGCUCGUCGCGCCCAUCGCCGCCGCGCGCGGCGGCGUCGAACUCCUCGUCCACGCGCGCGAGCCGUCGAAGGUCGCCGUCGCGUUCGACGGGGCGACCGCGGGCGGCGACCUCGCCGCGGCCGCGGCCGCGUGGGCCGUCGCGCGCGGCCUGCCCGCGGAAGUCGCCCCGGAACUUGCCGCCGCCGCUUCGGACGCCAUCGCCGGCCUGCACGUCAGCUGGAUGGUCGGCGGCCUGCCGCUCGCGCGCGCGCUCCAAGGGCCCGCGGCGCCGUUUGCGGCGCGCGCGGCCGCGUACCUCGGCGUGAGCGAGGCGUCCUUCGGCCACGCGCGGCGCGUGUCGAAACGCUACGUCGUCGUCCUCGAGGACCUCCAGGAGACGGCCGCCGACGCGGAGAACGCGCACGCGCACGAGCCCCUCGGCGCGUUCCGGACGCGCGAGGAGUGGGUCGACCUCUUCGUGCUCCUGGGAUUUUCCGUCGCGGACCACGGGCCCUGCAACGCCGGCGGCCUCGCGGGCUUCCGCCACACGAUGGCGUUCUGGAUCCUGGAGAAGAAGUCAACGGUCGGACUCAGUAUGGAGGGCAGCACAACAACAGCCCCCUACGUGCCCUGGUCCGAGGAGGAGUCGUCGGACGAGGAGCCGCCGGCGACGGAUCUGCCGUCGCGCACUGUGCCCUGGACGCCGUCGGCGUCGGAGACGGCGUCGCGGCCCCAGUCGCGCAUGGACACGGCCAGCACGUCCCGGCCCCAGUCCGAGGCGGCGUCGCGGUCGUCGUCGCGGCCCCAGUCCGUGCUCAGCCAGCUCAGCGACCGGCUGAACCGCAUGGGCGGCGUCAUCUCGCGCGGCACGCCGAGCGGCACGCCGAGCGCGGGUCUGUCGGGCCUCGCGGGCGCGACGCCGCCGACGACGGCGCCCGAGCCGGAGCCGGAGCCGGAGCCGGAGCCGGAACCGAUGAUGAAAAAGAAGCGCACGCCGCGCAAGACGCCGCGCAAGACGCCGCGCCACCGGUCCGUGUCGCCGGAGCCCGACUGGGUCGACGCGCUCGGCACGCUCGAGGACCCGUCGAAGACGCCGCGCGCCUGGGAGGCGGAGCCCGUGAGCGUCGGCGUCGUGCGCAAGCACUAUCGGCUGCGGCGCCAGGGCGAGGAGGCCGCCGCGCGGGCCCGCGUGCGCCGCGACAACGAGCUCAAGGGCAAGUUUCGCCGGUCCGGCGCGCGGGCCGACGGCGCGAUGUCGUCGUCGUCCGACGACGACGACGACGAGGCGUCGAAGCCCGUCGUCGUCGACGACCCGGAGAUCACGAAGCUGUACGGGUUGGCCUACGGCGCGGUGGCGAACGACGCCGGAGCGCGGGACGCGUUGGUCGCGCGCGUCGACGCGGAGCUGCGGAGCGGCGGGCCCGUGCUCCUCGUGGCGCACCCGGACGACAACGACGGCGAGGCUGCGAACUGCCGGCUGGUGCUGCGCACGCUCCACGCGGCGUGCAACCCGACGCUGACGGACCCCAUCCCGCCCGUGCCCUUGGCGCGCGCGGACGGCUCCGUCGCGAUGAGGCUCGACCCGAAGCGGCGGCGCGAGCACGCGUUCCCGCUGCCGAUCCCCGCGCCGGAGGGGCGGGGGCGGCUGUCGGUGUUGUAA